AAGCACAAUUGGAAAACAAAAAUUGAGACAUUAGUGACUUCUAAACCAAAUCAGGCUUAACAAACGAAAUCAAACUUUGAACAUUAAAAAUGUUACUUUUUUCAAAACAACAACCAAUCGCGCACAAACAAUAGCUGUACAGUUUUUGGCCGCUUGUGAUCUAUCCCUUUUAGCUUUGCUCCGGGCAACUGAAACAGUUAAACUACUCUUACAAAAAAAAAUAGCGGGAAGAGAUAAGCGAACGUCAAAAAUACUCAAAGCUGUAAGAAUUUCUACUAUCGUUUCUCGUUGGUUGGUUCGUCAAAUGAUCAAGCCUACUUUGUCGUGUUUUCAAAUGAUCAGUACACUAAGCGGAUAGUUUACCUCUCACUCUCUCACUCCCACCAAAUCGGUAACUGUUUUUAUCAAUGGAAUCGAGACGUGUGUUUAUAAUAUCUCUUACCCCGCUUACACUUAAUUCAUCAAUAUAUCGUAGGUGUUAUGUCAUUCAUGUUGUUUUUUUUGCUGGCAGGAAUAAUUUGAAAAAUGGAAAAUAUAAUAUAACAUUUAUCAUUUUUUUCUACACAAAGAAGUUUUGAUUUUCGUUUCGAUUUGACCAAAAAAAAACAAAAAAUGCUUAUCAAAAUUAAAAAGUAACUAAAAUAUGCCUGAAAUUAGAAGAAACAAAACAAAAAAAAAUACAAAAAACCACACAGAAAUAGUAAGUCACUAUUGUCUCUCUUUUCUUUUCCCGGUGAUGCUGCUUAUCAAUCCGUUGUGAAUCGCUCGAACACGCGAUACCAAUUGCACUCUUCUCAUUCAAAAACAAUGCGGUACGCGGAUGGUUGGGACUCACACUCACGCGUGAACGCACAUACACACCUCCCCCCCUCACCAAACCCCAACUUCUCUGUGAUGAUGACGCUCGAUCGAUCGUGGGGGUGGUGAAAAAUGGCAGGUAUGGCAGGCACGGGACGACCUUCAUCACCAUCGGACGUGAGCCAUCAUGCCGGUGUCAUCGGUGGCGGUGGCGGAGUGAACCGGUUGAGUCUACCGCUACCGCUAACGGCCUGUCAUCGGUGUGAUGUUUGCGGUAAAUUGUUAAGUACAAAACUCACCCUCAAACGACACAAGGAACAGCAGCACCUGCAGCCGCUGAACAAUGCCGUCUGCAAUCUUUGCCACAAGGUUUUCCGCACACUCAAUAGUCUCAAUAAUCACAAAAGCAUUUACCAUCGCAGACAGAAGCUACUCCACCACGGUGGCCAUCAUGGUCAUGGCCAGCACCCAUUUGCAUCCGUUAGCAGCGUUAGCCCGUUGCACCACCCAUCGCAGCAUGCGCUACUUAGCGAGGCUUCCGGUGCUGGCUGUGAUCUGAAGCAUAAUAUUGCAAAGUUGGAGUUUCUCUAAACUCACGCCUACUACCACUCAUUGAUUGGGCGCCGAUUGCAAAUGUUUAACAAGGACGGCACAUAAAUGGAAAAUCCCCUUUCAGUGUACACUGCUGUACUAAAAGCAAACAAAUUUGGACCCUUUUUUUGGCUAAAUUAAAAAAUAUAUAGGCGAUACUUGCACCUAAUCACACACAAGCAGAUAUUUUGUUUCUUCCAAUGUGCACUAAACAUUUUGAUGGAAAACUUUAAGCUUGAAAAAUUUAAGUCUAAUGCAAAACGAAGACAGUGUGCUAUUUUUGUUUAAAGAUUGCUGUAUAAAAAAUGCGAUAAUUUUACAGAUGUUGUUUUAGCAUUACUACUCUGCCCCUAGACGACUGAUCGAUGUUGGCGACACAAAGUUUUUUUUAUCAGCAGAGCGAUUUCCCUAAAGUUUGAUGUUUUGAAUUAAUGCAAUUGCUUUUCAACAUUAUGAUCAUUUUGUUUAAAACUGGUGCUACAACAUUGUUUGGGUUAGAUGAAAAACCCAACGGUGUUUACGUCACGAUUUUUAGAGAAACGCUAAAUUGUUAUUCGUAGCGUACCCAUUACACUGAGCUACAAAAAUUGACACAAAUGACUGCGCAGGUUCAACUCACAGGGGCAGUCACCCCGGCACCGACACUUUGCGUCGGUGCCGGGGUGACUGCCCCUGUGUGGUAACUGGUUUCAGCUGCACAAGCGUUGUUCUCGUGUUGACCCGUUCGCGCUGUGAAGGCAAGCAGAAAAAUGAAUAAGAAAAAAAAACAAGAAGACCCGCUUCAAAAUUCAAAUGCUCGUGUCAUGUCCGUUCGUC